AUGUGCAGCUUACACGAUAUAAACUGUCAAAUGAUCAAAAUGGCAUCGAAUCAACAAGAUUAUUUUAAGCAAUUAGAAUUGCUACAAGAACAUCCUCACGAUGUUGACAAGGUUUUCGAUUGUGUUGAAUUGUCUAUGGAAAAGUCCGAUCCACUCGAAGUCCGCUAUGGCACUCUAUUAACAACAUUACAACAAGAAUAUCCAACAAUUCAAUCAGCAAAACGUUCGCGUCUACUUAGAAUGAUGCAUCGUUUUGGUGGCGAUGUUGAGCGCAUUCGAAAGAAUUUACAAGAACAUCAGGAAAAGCAAAAUGCUGGUAAACUUGAUUUGAAUGCGGUUCGACAUCCGCAUCAAGAAGAAAUCAAAGCAAAAUAUGCUAGUCAAUUAGUAGAAUUAAAAGCAGCUGGCAUCAAUACUAAUAAUCCAUGUGUUCUGCAACAACUAGAAAAAUAUCACGGUGAUACUAAUAAAAAAGAUAUCUCAUGUAAUGAACAACGAUGA